GCGGGUAGGGGGAAAGUGGGGGUGGGAAGUUGGGGUAGUGGGGGGAGUUGGGGGUAGUGGGGUGGGGGUUGGAGGUAGUGGGUUAGAGGUACACAUCCAUAAAUCAAAUACACAAGUAAAAUACUAAAACAUAAUUUUGCUGUGUUACAAUUUAUGAAUCUAUUGGUUUUUAUUUUAUUUUUUAUUAUUAUUAUUUUAUUUUUUUUGGCUUAGUUUUUUUUUUUCACCACAUAAUUUCUAUGGUUUCAGAUGAACUUUUUUAUAGCUGUAUAGCUGUCAAAUAGCAUACAGCAGUAAUGUUUUUUAAAUGUCAUUCCCACAAAUGAUUUAGGAAAAGUAUUUUUAACUUGCAUUUAUUCUUUGUUAUCCCAUAGUUAACAUGAGUCACGCAUAUUUCAUCUCUGUUAUUAUUUUAUUGUUUUUCAGCCCAGCAGCCUCCCAGCCCUGACAGAUUGGAUUUCCAACAGCCUUGAAAAUCACACAUUACCUGAAGAUUUAAAUUAAUUUGUGAUGGUCGCACUUUGCUGUCAGAUGCACCAUGGGUAACAAGGGAUCAUCUUCAGUGGACAAGGACUUUGGAAGUCCUGAAUCGAGGACCCGAAGCUGGUCCUUCAAUGGGAUGAUAUCUCGGGCCCGGAGGUCCUCAAAGAGUCCCUUUAGGGAGAGAAGCUCCUCGCUAUCCGACGCCAACAAGAAGAAGGGCAGCGGUGCGAGACAGGGAGUAGGGGUGGAUCCAACGACAGCGUCGGGGGCGGGGGUGGUUCGACGAGAGCUAUUCAAGUCUGGAAAUGGGGAGGAAAUUCCUGCGUCUGCUCGGAGAGAGAUGUACAGACAGUCGCGUCACUCGGCGGAGAUGCCCCUGGCGUUACAGCGACAGCUACUCAAGCAGCUGACAAGUCAUUCAGAAGACAGAGCCCCGCCGCCUGGCUCGCUAGGUCAGAAGUUACAGCAGGCCACGCUGUUAUCACAGGCCAAGUUGAAAUCUGCUGGAAGUCCAGCAGGCAAUAACAGCAGUAGUAACAGCAAUAACAAUAAGUCAAUGGGUCAGAAAUUAGUGGAGACACCGUCGUCAUCAUCUGUAUCGCAGGUACACCAUCCACAGUUGUCAGUUGGCCGUGUGGGUUCAGCUGAGGUGAAACUGCAAGUGACGUCUGCCGGCGAGAGAAAGAACAGUAAUCUGUCGUCUGCUCGACUGAGAAAGCAGCAGACGGAUGUAAAGAUUGAUACGGUUAGUGCACACGGCAAUCCAGCGUUGUUGUCUUCCUCGUUGAGUUCUGCACCGGGAGUGGCUGUGCUGAGUUCGAGUCCGAAGAUUACGAUCACCACGGAGAAACGCGACGACACCUCGCCAGACAGGUCUCACACCACGGAUUCCGGCUACAGCACGGCCUGUAGGAACAUUGUCCCCGGCGGUGUUGUCAGCGGUGGAGACGGGGUGGAGGAUGUGUCGGUGGAGGAACUGCGGAAGAUCUCUCACACUCUGUACAGUGACCGGCUGCUGGAACUGUGUAGGAGACGCGGAAUGGCCAGCAUGAACCGUGACAUGUCUCUGUCACAGAACAGCAUGUUGGCCAGCAUGACGGCCGCCGUGCAGCUACGCAAGGGGAAGUCAUCAUCACUGCAGAGUCUGACGUCGUACAAGUCUCAGAGCCAAUCGCACAACACCACAUACGAAAACCUGUCGGAUCCUGAGUCGAAUACGGAAGAUUUCGACGAACAGUUUGAGAUUCGUCCGAGGACAUAUUCCGCGACGAUUCUGGAGCUAAGUGCGAGAGGUAAGACGAGGAUAGCAAUGGGAGCCGCGGGGGCCAUGAUCCGCCACAUCCAGAAUGACGAUCCAGCCUGCCCCAGUCUGUACGCUACGAAAGCUCAGAAGAUUUUAGUCGCCAGGGCACUCAAGUCGGAAAACCCAGAUUUAUCGACAGAGAACAAAAACAAAAAUACUAGUAGUCCCGACCCCCAGAUGAAAUCGGGUCCAAGUUUGGAAGACGUGAAGUCUCCACGAAAGGAGCCGAUAAGGAUUCCAAUACCGUUACAGCAGUACGCUAUUCCAGCGUCUCACCACCGCCCUCCGAUAGGAAAUCUUAGUCCGUUACCCGAGCUGCAUGAAAACGGAACCUUGAGUUCCAGCGUGCCGACUCACCACAGUGGAUAUGCACAGAAAUUCUUUCCGGAACCCCACACAGAAGGGGGAGGAUUUUACCAGCAGACUGUGGGGGGAGGAUUUUACCAGCAGACUGUGGGUGGAGGAUUUUACCAGCAGACGGCGGGGGGAGGAUUUAUUCCGCAGCAUGGUAGCCUUGACGACAUGAUUUUGGACCAGGACCGCAGCAACAGUUUGUCGGUGCUGAUUCCGCGAACCCGUAAGAGCGUUCCUACGCGGCUGAGCAGCGCGAUGGUAUCGCAGCUCGACAGGCAGAGUUUCCAUGGCCGCAGUCAGAGCGUCACGUCGCUGCGGGCCGCAGUCUACCGGUCGCAGUUCGGUGGUAGCGGCGCGCUGAUGGCGCAGGUGGGCGCGCCCGAGCGAUCGUGGAAUUAUAGUGUGUGUUCAUUAGCAGAUCUCCCGAAAUCAGCUUCUGGGAAUAGUUAUACUGAUGGUGGUCAAGACUAUGAUGUGAGACCCAUGCAGUUUGAUGAGUCAGGAAUGGACGUGUGUCCGGCGUGUCAUCUCCCGUUUGACGCAGGCAAGAAACGCCGACUCAUUGACACGUGCGGUCAUGAGCGAUGCUACACGUGCAUGUUCAACAGCGAGAUCUGUCCCAUCUGUCACGCCACACAGUACGGUGCUCUGUAUCGUAAUGGUGAGCACAGCCGGUCAGCUCACGACAUGUCCAGCUACUCUCCACACCGCGCCAAGCUCAUGACCAAUGGUCACUUCACCAGUCUGAUGCACACCAGGCAUGAUGCUGCCAUGGUACCGGAAACUUCCGGCAGAACCACACCACAAAUGGGCACCAGUCAUUCAAGCCCUUACAACAUGAACCCGCCCAAGGUUCCGGCAAAACCGAAAUACUUCACGCCAACGUUGUCUUCGGUGUCGCCUCCACUACAUCGGCCUGUUAAGUCAUUCAGCGCCGACCAUGUCCAGUCUUUCAGCGUCGACUACUGCAGCAGCUCUAUGGCUGGAGCCCAGUCUUAUGCAUCUGUCGACAAUUCAGAUGGUAGAGAGAGCCCACCGCCGCCACCACCUGAUGUCGCUCAGAAUGAUCUCAUGAUCAGGCUCGGGCUGUUGCUAGGAGAGCGUGGCCAUGGCAAUGAGAGGGUGACCCCGAUACAGAUGCACCAGUGCACAGCCAAUCAGACGGAAGAAGCGUUCACAAGCGUGUCAUCUCUCGGGAGUAGUGGAACCACGCCAGAUAGAGGCUUGUCUGAUACUAGUCCCAUGUCUACUCUCACAGUGUCGUCCGGCAGUGACAAAGGUGUGCAGUGUGUACAGGUGUCUCAUAACUCGCUGUUUCCGAGUGGGGGUCGAGAAAUCAGUUCUGACAGCAUGACGUCUUUAAUGAGCACGAGUACCGGUCACAGUGUGAGUCCACUAGGGACGGCUCAGAGACCACAUUCUAUCACGACGUCAAUGCCCGGUGCUAUUGAGGAACUUCCGUUGUUUGGAAAGCGUCGGUCGUCGCUCCGGCGCUCGGCUAGAUCAAGUGUUGCCCAUGCAGACGGAAAAGGUGGUCGAGGGCGUGGCCCUCGCUUUACCGUUCGUCCUAAACCAGUGAGAUUCACCCCAAUACGACCUCCACAGUUGCGAAUGUCACCGAUUACGUUCGAAAUUCCUCAUCAAGAUGGAAAACCAGUGUUUAUUGGUCGGGAGUGGUUGUACUCAGAAAUAGAAAUGGUGCUAAACGGUGAGUCGAAGUCGCGGAGUCCAGGGGUCGUACUGCAAGGUCACAUCGGUAGCGGCAAGACGGCCAUCGUGGAGCAACUCGUCGACUACAGUUGCUUCGGGGACGGCAAGGGAGGCAUCGUCUGUAACGGAGACCUGCACAAUGGCUACAACCACAGCCCGCCGGCCACACUGUCGUCGACGCCCCAGUCAAGCCCACACUCCAGUCUGAGCGCAUCGUCGUCGCUGAGUCUCAACUACGAUGCGCUGAAGAGUCUUGGCUCGCAGGUCGUCGCCUACCACUUCUGCCAGGCUGACAACAACGUCACAUGCAUGGUGCCCGACUUCGUGCACAGCAUCGCGGCGCUGAUGACGCGGUCCCCGCAGCUGUGCGCAUACCGGAACCUCCUGCUGCAGGAACCGCAGCUACAACACCUCCUCAGCCUAAAGGAGUGCAUCCAGAACCCGUCGCUGUCCUUUGUCAGGGGGAUACUCGAGCCGCUGAGAACGCUGAAGAACAGCAGGAAAAUAGACUCGGAGAGUUGUCUUCUCUUGGUGGACUCGCUGAACGAGGCGGAGUUUCACAAACCGGAUUACGGCGAUACGAUUGCCUCGUUUCUGUGUCGUCAUGCCAACAAGUUUCCCCCAUGGUUGAAGGUGGUCGUGACGGUUCAGUCGGUGCUUCAGGAGAUUACGAGGACGCUACCGUUUCAUCGGAUUCAUAUUGAUAAGAUGUCAAACGAGAUGGUCGCCCGGGAUCUACUGGAGUACGUCAGUUACCGCGUGAACUCGGACACGUGCAUUCGGAACAACAUCGCGCUCAAUGGGAAGCUGGAACAGACGACGAUACAGAGGUUCUGUUGCCACGUGCAGUCGCUGAGUAAAGGCUGUUUUCUCUACUGUCAUCUUGUUCUCGAUCUCAUUCAAAAGGGUCACGUGGUCUUGAAGAGCUCAAACUACAAAAUCUUGCCCGUUAACAUUUCGGAGAUCUUUCUCCUGCACUUCAACUUGAAGUUCCCGAGUGUGCGGUCGUUUGAGAAAAUCUCAUCAAUUCUCGGCGUGUGUCUCGCGUCGCUGUAUCCCUUGACGAUGGAGGCCAUUUACAUGACAGUCAAUUCGGGUUACGUGACGCGAUUCGUUCCGUGGGAAGACUUUCUCAACCGGAUGUCGGUUCUGUCUGGUUUUCUGUACCAGAGGCAUGACAGUACGUUCAUGUUCUUUCACCCGGCGUUCAGGGAGUGGCUUAUUCGACGAGAUGAUACAGAUUCACCCAAAUUUUUAUGUGAUUUACGCAGUGCCGAGUUUGACUACAGAAAUGGCCACGCGUUGAUGGCGUUCCGGCUGGCGCGAGUGAGCUACCCGCUGGGCCCGGAUCAGACGAUUGAGCUGGGACACCACAUUCUGAAGGCUCACAUCUACAAGACGGUCAGCAAAGCACUGGGCUACUCAUCGCGUGACAUGCAGGCGCUCUGGAUGUGUCUCAGCUCCGACAGUCUGAGCGCCGCUCUCGUCUCGCAGAGAAACGUCUUCUCACCCAACGUUAAAGUGAGUCGUCUGAUCCUGCUGUCGGGUGCGAGUCCGAACUGCCGCACAGAGUUCUACAACAAUGCCCCCGUGCUGUGCGUGGCAGCGCGUGAGGCGUACAGCGACAUGGUGGCACUGCUCCUGGAGUUUGGCGCAGACGUCGACGCCGUGUCUGAUACUGGCAUGUCAGCUGUGUGUCACGCAGCCGUCGCGGGCAACCAGGAGGUCAUACAGAUGCUGUGUUUGAAACACGGACGGCUGUCACUAUGCGACCAUCAAGGACAGUGUGCGGUGGUGCAUGCCGCUGUCCAUGGCUACCUCGACACGCUGGCGUUUCUCCUCCAGUAUGACUGGACUCCACAGCCUGGAGAGCCUGACAAAGGGGAGGCAAUGCAGCAGGCAUUCAUAGCGGCGGCCGCAACAGGAAACAAGCAUAUCUGUGAAUACUUGAUGCAUGUUCAAGGAGGUGCUGGUUUAAACAUGGUCGACAGUCUACUCGGAGAAACAGCUCUGACGGCUGCGUGUCUGCACGGGCGUAAAGACGUUGUUCAGUACCUGCUAGAUGAGGAGGUGGAGGUGCACGUCAGUAACAGCCGUUCCUUCACCCCGCUGCUGUGCGCCGUCAAGUCGGGGCGCUGGGAGGUCGCAGACAUGCUGCUGAACACUGGGGCAGCCAUUGAGCAGACGGACAAAUAUGGCCGCACGCCGCUCAUGAUCGCCGCCAGCGAGGGUCACAUUGGCGUCCUCGAGAUGUUGCUGCUCAAAACGGCCAGCUUGGAUGAAGAGGACAAGGAGGGGCUGACCGCUCUGUGCUGGGGCUGUCUCAAGGGUCACCUGGCCAUUGUCCAGUCACUGCUGGACCGAGGCUCGGACGUCCACCAUGUGGACAAGAGUGGCCGGACUCCACUGCACCUGGCGGCAUUCUACGGGGAUGCGCAGGUCGUUCAGUUCCUCAUCGACCAGGGGGCACUCAUUGAGCACGUGGACGUCAGCGGCAUGCGGCCCCUCGACCGCGCCAUUGGCUGCAAGAACACCGCCGUCAUUGUCUGCUUCCUCAGGAAGGGUGCCAAGCUGGGUCCAGAGACGUGGGCGAUGGCAGCGGGCAAGACAGACGUGUUGCUGCUCCUGCUGAACAAACUGAUGGAGGACGGACACAUCCUCUACAAGAAAAACCGCGUGAAAGACUCUGCCCAGCGGUAUCAAUACGCCCUGAAGAAGUUCCCACGUGAGGGACUGGGUGAUGAGGCUCGCACGUUCAACGAUCUCAAACUCAACUUCCUGCUCAACCUGUCCCGUUGCAAGAGGAAACUCAAUGAUUACCCAUCGGCUAUAGAGUUGGCCACCCGGGCUCUCGACUUGAAGCCGAAAUGUUUUGAGGCGUACUAUGCACGGGCUCGAGCCAAGAGGGACGACAGGCAGUAUGCGGCCGCCCAGCAGGACCUGCUUGACGCACUGCGUCUGUCUCCCAACAACCGCGAGCUGCGUCGUCUGUUGACGCAUGUGAAGGAGGAGUGUAAGGAACAGGCACGCUACGAUGGAGGGGGAGGUCAGCUCCUGGUGGGCGAGAUGGACCGCAUCUCGGAGGAUGAUGAUGACACCAUCUCCGUCUCAGACAGACACCCCGAGGAAACUGCACUGUGACCGCACCACGGUCUGUCUGCAACAAGUGUGUGCUAGCAGUCGACUCAUCAUACAGUUUUGUGACUGAUAGACACCCCGAGGAAGCUGCGCUGUGACCACACUGCUGGCUGUCUGCAACAAGUGUGUGCUAGCAGUCGACUCGCCAUACAGUUUUUGUGACUGACAGACACCCUGAGGAAACUGUGCUGUGACCGCACCGCUGGCUGUCUGCAACAAGUGUGUGCUAGCAGUCGACUCAUCAUACAGUUUUUGUGACUGAUAGACACCCCGAGGAAACUGUGCUGUGACCGCACCACUGGCUGUCUGCAACAAUUGUGUGCUAGAGUUGACACAUCAUACAGUUUCUGUGACCCCAUGGUUGUCUGUCUGCAACAAGUGUGUGCUAGCAUGCAUCUUACAGUUUGGGUGAUGAAUGGACAGAUGAAUAGACAUACUGAAAAACAGUGCUAUAUUUGAAAGAUGUGUGUCUACAGUCAUCUUCUUAAGUGAUGGACAGACAGACAUCCAAAGAAACAGAGCUGAUAUCUGAAAGAUGUGUAUCUACAGUCAUCAUCUGAAGUGAUGGACAGACAGACAUCCAAAGAAACAGAGCUGAUAUCUGAAAGAUGUGUGGAUACAUUCAGCUGAAGUGAUGGACAGACACACAUCCAAAGAAACAGAGCUGAUAUCUGAAAGAUGUGUGAAUACAUUCAGCUGAAGUGAUGGACAGACAUACAUCCAAAGAAACAGAGCUGAUAUCUGAAAGAUGUGUGAAUACAUUCAGCUGAAGUGAUGGACAGACACACAUGUAAAGAAACAGAGCUGAUAUCUGAAAGAUGUGUGAAUACAUUCAGCUGAAGUGAUGGACAGACACACAUCUAAAGAAACAGAGCUGAUAUCUGAAAGAUGUGUGAAUACAUUCAGCUGAAGUGAUGGACAGACACACAUCCAAAGAAACAGAGCUGAUAUCUGAAAGAUGUGUGGAUACAUUCAGCUGAAGUGAUGGACAGACACACAUCCAAAGAAACAGAGCUGAUAUCUGAAAGAUGUGUGGAUACAUUCAUCUGAAGUGAUGGACAGACACACAUCCAAAGAAACAGAGCUGAUAUCUGAAAGAUGUGUGGAUACAUUCAGCUGAAGUGAUGGACAGACACACAUGUAAAGAAACAGAGCUGAUAUCUGAAAGAUGUGUGAAUACAUUCAGCUGAAGUGAUGGACAGACACACAUCUAAAGAAACAGAGCUGAUAUCUGAAAGAUGUGUGAAUACAUUCAGCUGAAGUGAUGGACAGACAUACAUCCAAAGAAACAGAGCUGAUAUCUGAAAGAUGUGUGGAUACAUUCAGCUGAAGUGAUGGACAGACACACAUCUAAAGAAACAGAGCUGAUAUCUGAAAGAUGUGUGAAUACAUUCAGCUGAAGUGAUGGACAGACACACAUCCAAAGAAACAGAGCUGAUAUCUGAAAGAUGUGUGGAUACAUUCAGCUGAAGUGAUGGACAGACACACAUCCAAAGAAACAGAGCUGAUAUCUGAAAGAUGUGUGGAUACAUUCAUCUGAAGUGAUGGACAGACACACAUCCAAAGAAACAGAGCUGAUAUCUGAAAGAUGUGUGGAUACAUUCAGCUGAAGUGAUGGACAGACACACAUGUAAAGAAACAGAGCUGAUAUCUGAAAGAUGUGUGAAUACAUUCAGCUGAAGUGAUGGACAGACACACAUCUAAAGAAACAGAGCUGAUAUCUGAAAGAUGUGUGAAUACAUUCAGCUGAAGUGAUGGACAGACAGACAUCCAAAGAAACAGAGCUGAUAUCUGAAAGAUGUGUGGAUACAUUCAGCUGAAGUGAUGGACAGACACACAUCUAAAGAAACAGAGCUGAUAUCUGAAAGAUGUGUGGAUACAUUCAUCUGAAGUGAUGGACAGACACACAUCCAAAGAAACAGAGCUGAUAUCUGAAAGAUGUGUGGAUACAUUCAGCUGAAGUGAUGGACAGACACACAUGUAAAGAAACAGAGCUGAUAUCUGAAAGAUGUGUGAAUACAUUCAGCUGAAGUGAUGGACAGACACACAUGUAAAGAAACAGUGCUGAUAUCUGAAAGAUGUGUGCACACAGUCAUCUGCAAUGACGAAUGGACAAAACGGACAAACAUCCAAAGAAACAGUGCUCUGUCUAAAAGAUGUGUGUUUACAGCUAGCUUCGUUAUAUAAUUUCUGUGAUGGAUGGACAAAGGUAUGGACAUCCAAAGAAACAGUGCUGCUAUCUGAGAGAUGUGUAUGCAGUCAGUCAGUUGCAUGGUACAAUUUCUGUGAUGGAUGGACAAAGGUAUGGACAUCCAAAGAAACAGUGCUGCUAUCUGAGAGAUGUGUAUGCAGUCAGUCAGUUGCAUGGUACAAUUUCUGUGAUGGAUGGACAAAGGUAUGGACAUCCAAAGAAACAGUGCUGCUAUCUGAGAGAUGUGUAUGCAGUCAGUCAGUUGCAUGGUACAAUUUCUGUGAUGGACAUAUCCCAAAGAAAGUGGACUAACAAUGCUUCCUGAUUGAACACGAGUGCAAGAGUUUAACCAUUAUCUGUUUUAAUGAUAAUGUUUCUGUGAUGGAUAAAUAGACAGAUGUAUGGUCAAAUAGACAUCUGGACAAAACAGUGCUAUAUCUGAAAGAUGUGUGAAGUGGUCAGCUGUUGUUUACUGACAAUAAUUAUUUCAAUGACAGAUGGAUAAAUGUAUCUGACAGAUUGAUACAGUCAUAAAUGUAUCUCUGUGACAAAUUGAUAGUCAUAAACAUAUCUGUGACAGAUUGAUACAGUCAUAAAAACAAUAUUAUUCUGCUCACAGUUACAUUUCUUCGUAAACUGAAAAAGUUAGAUGCAGAUUGCAAGGGUGAAUCCAAAGAAAGGUACCAGGGUGUGCCCCCUUUUUUAUCAUUUGUUAUUAAUUCCCAACUUUCAGGCUUUUUGCCAGAAAAUAAUUUGAUGGUUCAUAAUAAAACCAAAAUGGAUUAUAAGUGCCCCUACAAGAUGGUCAGAGGUUUGAAAUGUUUGUAAACUGGACACUACAUUUCAUGUCCUUUUGACAAAUUUUAAACUGCAUUUGUCUUACUAUAAUUUUCUUUAAAAAUUAAAAAAUUUAUCCAUUAAUUUCCAAGAUUGUAGGGAACAUAUUUUACCUUUUGUAUCCUGUGCGAAAAACUCCGACUUUUAUUGAAAUACACUAUUCAGGAAUUGGCCAAUAUGAAAUUGUUUCCUUAGGCCCUUCAUAAAAUAUUUGCUUGGUCUGCCCUUGGAUUGUAUGGUAACCAGUGGGUUUUUGUGUGUGACACAGACAUGCAGACAGAGAGACAGACACGAUGACAGACAAUCUUAACGAAAUAGCAUUGAGAAUUUGACGUUGUCAGAAAGAUAUUACCUUUCGAUGGGGCAUUAACAGAUGUUAGAGAAAUCAUCUUUUUAUUAAAACAUUUUUUGUUCUUCGAGAAAUAAAAUCUUGAAAAGGAAUCCGUUGAGACCCAUAAGGGAAGAUUAACUUGUGGGAGUCAAUGGAACAGUUCUGACCAGAAUAUGAAUGAAGUGGGUUAACUCAGAGCAGUUUAAAUCUGUGCAUUUCAAAUGGGACAGCUGAAAAUAGGUGAACUGAGAACAACUUAAAGCAGAAUGUAAAUUAAAUAGGUCACAUAAGAGCAAAUUAAAAUGUGAGAUAAAUGGGUCAACUGACAAUAGGUCAGUAACAAGCAACUUAAAACAGAAUGGGAGUUAAAUAGGUCACCUAAGAGCAAAUUAAAAUGUGAGAUAAAUGGGUCAACUGACAAUAGGUCUAACAGCAACUUCAAAUAGAAUGUGAGUUAAAUAGGUCAGUUAAGAGCAAAUUAAAACAUUUUGUGAGGUAAAUGGGUCAGCUGAGAGCAAUAUUAAACAGAAUUUGAAUUAAAUGGGUCAACUUGUAGCAGCACUAAAUAGGUCACUAGGGUGUGACUUAGAACAGUCUAUGUUUGAUGUCAUAAUGUAACAGACCAAUCAGACAUCACAUAGUAUUAACAUCUUUAAUCAUGUGAUUUGUUCAAGUUAAGUUCUGUGGUUAAUAAGCAAGCCUAAUAUUGAUUAGAUUAUCGUGACUGUUUGGGUCAGUGUAUGCAUUGAUCUGCCUUGUCAAGUGAUUAUCGUGACUGUUUGGGUCAGUGUAUGCAAUGAUCUGCCUUGUCAAGUGAUUAUCGUGGCUGUUUGGGUCAGUGUAUGCAUUGAUCUGCCUUGUCAAGUGAUUAUCGUGGCUGUUUGGGUCAGUGUAUGCAUUGAUCUGCCUUGUCAAGUGAUUAUCGUGGCUGUUUGGGUCAGUGUAUGCAUUGAUCUGCCUUGUCAAGUGAUUAUCGUGGCUGUUUGGGUCAGUGUAUGCAUUGAUCUGCCUUGUCAAGUGAUUAUCAUGGCUGUUUGGGUCAGUGUAUGCAAUGAUCUGCCUUGUCAAGUGAUUAUCGUGACUGUUUGGGUCAGUGUAUGCAAUGAUCUGCCUUGUCAAGUGAUUAUCGUGACUGUUUGGGUCAGUGUAUGCAAUGAUCUGCCUUGUCAAGUGAUUAUCGUGGCUGUUUGGGUCAGUGUAUGCAAUGAUCUGCCUUGUCAAGUGAUUAUCGUGGCUGUUUGGGUCAGUGUAUGCAAUGAUCUGCCUUGUCAAGUGAUUAUCGUGGCUGUUUGGAUCAGUGUAUGCAAUGAUCUGCCUUGUCAAAUGUCUUAUCUAGGACAGCGGUGCUGGAGAUAUUAACUGUGUCUUAAAUCACUGUAUAUACCUUGCAUGCAUAAUAAUGAAAACAUAGUCAAUUUUGUUUUGAAGCCAGCCUUAAAUAUAUUGUUUGCUUGCAACACAAAUGACUUUACCACAUUCACCUGAAUUAUUGUUCUGAUUUUUUCUCACUUGUAACUGUUUUAAGAAAUUGUUGGAAUUGUUUCCCUUGGAACAAUUGUUUUUAGAAAAUACACACACUUUUUUUUUUUUACAGGUACAUUUGUGGUACUUUGUUUUUUUCUUGAAUAGCCAAAGUUGUUUAAUGCUGUCUGUUACCUCUAAUUUAUCAGUCAUCAUUUAUAUUAAUGCAUCCCCACUCCCACCCACAAGUGGCUUCACAAUUCCCUCUGAUGUGUCUAUUAAAGUUUGUUUUGUUUUAACAACACCACUAGAGCACAUUGGUUUAUUAAUCAUUGGCUACUGGGUGUCAAACAUUGGGUAAUUUUGACAUAUAUAUUCUGUUGUUUCCGUGUUAACCUUUGUUUUAAGGAUGGGACGUUGCCCAGUGGUAAAGCACUCGCCUGAUGUGUGGUCGAUCUAGGAUCAAUCCCUGUCAGAGACCCACUGGAAUAUUUCUCGUUCCACCCAGUACACCAUGACUGGUAUAUUUAAGGC